AUUGAGAGUCACUCACAAUUUGAAACCAUAGCCGGAAUAGUGUAUUCCACGAAUACAUUUUUACUGGCUACAAGCACAUCGACGCCACAUUCGUCUUUUUUCUUCUUCGUAUGCGACUCGUGGGCCAUGGCACAAUUGUAUACUUCAACAUCCAUCUUUCGUACUAUGCGACUCCUGGGCCAUCGAACAAUUGUAUCCAUCCAAUCUGCAUUGUUCACAGUUCUACACCUCGGUUUCUCAUAUAUAACCUGCAUGGGCUCCCUGAUACCGACAUCAAACCUUUCCCAUCUGCCCAAAUCAAACCUUCCUCAUCUACCUUAAUCAGAUAUGUCCUUUCCUCCUCACUACACACUUAGCUUUCCAAAGCUGCCUUUGGAAGAAAUCGAGCCUGUCUUCGCUAACUCCCUGUUCUGGAUUGCAGGAUAUGACAUCCAAAAACAUGCAUGGGUUAAAUCCAAGGAUUACAAUGAAUCUGCUUACGAUCAAAAUGCGUGGAGCAAGCUAGUCAAGGACCAACAGACUAAAGAUCUCAUCCAGUCCACAUUGGAUGCCAUUGAAUGUUCUCCUGGGAGUCCAGAAGUUCAGCAAGGCAUGAAUAUCCUGCUGAAAGGAGAACCAGGAACGGGCAAAAAGACGGUUGCUCAUGCGGUUUGCAACAGACUCAAGCGUCCAAUGCUCCUCAUUGAGGCCCAUGAUAUCCCACUCCUUGCCGAUGUGAAACCUUGGGCCGCCAAGCUAGCAUCGCUUGCGAUCAAGUGGAACUCGGUGUUGGUCGUAGACCAUGAAUAUUAUUUCGGGGAGAUUCAAGAACACCUCAAAAUUAUGAUUCGAGAAUUUCAAUCACACGAAUGUAUCUGUCUGUGGGUCUCCGUGAUAUCGUCCGCUAUACGUGGCCCAUUCGCAGCCACCAUCGAAUUCCCCGAUCUUGAUCAGCAAGCCCGUCGCCAACGUUGGCUACUAGUUUUUGGCCGAGAUGACCUGGCGGAAACUAUCUCUAGAGGCGAGCAUCCAUCGGCCGGAAGGAGGGACUGGGAGACGGAGGCCUUGCUUCGGGAUAUUGCGACCAUCUCUUCUGCGUAUGAAUUCAAUGGAGUCCAGAUUGAAAAUUGCUUGGCUUCCGUACGAACUAUCACUGGGAGGCAAAAUAUAACCCCUGGGGAGAUGAAGAUAUAUCUCAGGUUGGCAGUUAUUGACAUCUUAUCCGCACAAAUGACAUGGUGAACACAUUCAAUGUGCCUGUUUGAAAUAUGUGCUUGCUGGCUUAUACUCUGUAUAUA